CAAGGCAAAGAUGAGAAACCCCAACUCCUCCAAGCUUCACUUAGCCAUGUUUCCAUGGUUUUCCUUUGGCCAUUUCAUCCCUUACCUUCACCUCUCAAACAAGCUUGCUGAGAAAGGUCACGAGGUCUCCUUCUUAUUGCCUAAAGGAGCACAGCCAAAGUUGGAACAACUUAACCAAUAUCCAAAUCUUAUUCAGUUCUUUCCUCUUGUUGUUUCCCAUGUAGAUGGUAUCCUGCCAGGCGCCCAAACUACAUCCGAUGUUCCUCUACCACUGCAUAGCUUGUUUGCUAUUGCGUUUGAUCAAACUCGAGAUCAAGUUGAAGCCAUUCUAAGGGCUAUAAAGCCUGAUAUAGUUUUCCAUGAUUUGGGGUAUUGGAUUCCAGCCUUGGCGCACCAAAUCGGCAUCAAGUCCAUUUACUAUCCCCCAGUGACUGCAGCCGCACACGCGCUUUUGCCGACAAAGAAAGUUACAAGGGAAAUGACUGUAGAAGAGUUGAUGGAAGUUCCUCCUGGUUAUCCUUCUUCCAAGGUGAAACUCAGAGCUGAAGAGGUUUCCGAUCUGACAAGUGCGCUGAAAAUCUUUGGAAUAGGAUUGUCAUUUCGGGACCGGAUAAUAACUAGCAUGAAUGACAGUGAUGUCAUAGCCUUUAGGGCUCACCGUGAAAUUGAGGGACCUUACUGUGACUAUGUUGCUCAACAUUUUGGCAAGCCUGCAAUGCUAACGGGGACUUGCCUCCCUGAAACAAAUGCCACACAGCUUGAAGACAAAUGGGCUAAUUGGCUAAGCAACUUUGAGCCAAGUUCUGUGGUGUUUUGUGCAUUUGGAAGCCAGAUUACAUUGCAAAAGGAGGAGUUUCAAGAGUUAGUUCUUGGGCUUGAGUUAUCAGGGCAACCUUUCUUGGUGGCUUUAACAACACCAGACGGAUGCACAAGGAUUGAAGAGGCAUUGCCUGAAGGGUUUCAAGAAAGGAUUCAAGGAAGAGGGUUGCUGCAUGGUGGUUGGUUUCCCCAAGAGCUGUUACUCAGUCACCCAUCUAUUGGGUGUUUCGUGAAUCACUGUGGUCCGGGAACCAUGUGGGAAUCUUUGCUCAGUGACUGCCAAAUUGUGUUCAUUCCCCGCUUAGGAGAUCAAAUUCUGAACACCAGAUUCAUGGUCGAGGAACUCAAGGUUGCUGUUGAAGCUGAAAAAGGAGAAAACAGCAAGAUUUCCAAGGAGAACUUGAGCAAAGCCAUCAAGUUGGUGAUGGACAAGGACAAUGAAAUAUCUGGUCUGUUGAAGAGAAACCAUGCCAAGCUCAAGAAGAUUCUUUCUAACAGAGAUCUUCAAGAAGAAUAUAUCAAUAACUUCAUCAAAGGUCUGCAAGAUCUGGUCAAAUAAUUAAGAUCCAAAUUGCAAAAGAAGAAGAAGAAUCCAAUUUAGAAUCCGAGUUUGGUAAACCUGUUUUAGUGGUGUUUGUGCCUAGCUUUCUUAAUGUCUAUCAGAUUCCAAUCUGAUAUAAUGCAAUAAGUUCAUUGUAAAUUUCCUUCAAUAUUCUUAAUCUCUAAUGUCUUGGCUCUAAA